CCCACUCACUCUCACUUGCAAGAGCCACCACCUGAACAUCAGUCUUUCUUCUUCUGCUCGAGUAAUAUGGCAUCUAGAGUGACCAUGACUCUCUUGGCCAUUCUUCUUCUCAUCUUCUUCUCGACUUACGGCCCAUUCGUGAAGGCGGUAAAUGGGCAGAACAAUACCUGGUGCAUAGCAAGGCCCUCUACUGAAGAAACUGUGCUUCAAAACAACAUUGAUUUCGCGUGCUCCAAUGGCGUCGACUGCAGCGUGCUGGCUCCAGGGCAGAGGUGCUCUCUCCCGAACACCAGACUCAACCAUGCCUCCGUUGUCAUGAACCUCUACUACAGUGCCAAUGGCAGGCAACCCUACACUUGUAGCUUUGGCAAUUCUGGCCUCAUCACCAUUGUAGACCCAAGCUAUGGCAGCUGCGUCUUUCCGUAGACAUGCUACAGCUGGAAAAAAUACAAAGCGGAAUCUUCCAUGAAUAAUGUUUGAUUGUGGUGCCGCAGCAGCCGCUGCUGCUAUGUGGUCAUUUUUAGGAUAGGUCGAUGUGUGAUAGCUUUGCCGUUCAAUUUUCAAUUCCCAGUGUAGCUUAGUGUUGUUGCUCAGACUUGCUUGUGCUUGGUCAAAGCAAUACAUGUUGCAGAAAAUAAUUUUUUGAUUUCAACUGCUAGCUGCAGUCA